CGAGAAGAUGAAAAUAAUUUACAUACAAGAUUUUUCGGUCGGUUCGCCAGGAAAAAGUUGAAAAGUCCUCCCAAAGUGCGGUCGCGUUCGGUUGAAAAGUGCGUCAAAAUGAUCGCCGGACUGGGCGGAAGUGCCACCAACUGGAGAUCACCGCGCCCGGUCGGAUGCUGAACGGGAAUCGCUGUCUGGUUAGAAUUCCAGCCAACAAACAAAAAAAAAAGUGGACCCCGAAACCCCUUGGCGGAGAAAAAGUGCGUGUGUGCGCGCGCCCUUCUCGGAGAGGCUCCGGUCUGGAGUGAGUGUGUGUGUUGUGCCAGCUUAAAGUCAUAUACACAGAUAUAGUGCUAGAAUAUCCACCGCUCCGGAAAAGGUCACACGGUCGUCCGCAGAUUUAUUGCACGGGAAUAAAGCUCUCAAAAGUCCAAGUCUUGUGAGAGUGUGAGUUUUGGGCAGGAAGCUUGGCUGGCGGCUUCUUCCCCGGGGGCCCCUCAACGAGUUACGAGUCAGAGUCAGCGGGGGUGUGCGAUGCCCAGAUGUGAAGCAAUGAAUGGCGAACGACAUGUGUAAGAGAGUUGUAUGUGAUUCCUAGGAAAGAGUGCUGAGAGUUUCCUCAACGGAAGUGAUAGUGAAGAAGUCUGUACCAAAAGUGAGAAAAAAAAAAAGAAAAAUUCAAAGUUCUACUACAUCCAGGAACGGAUAAACCUAUGUAGCUAGAACGAAUACCGCCAUCAGAAUCAGCAAUCACCAGUUUCAACACCGGAUAUAAAACCGAUCAUCAUGGCCACACCAAAGGGCGAGCGGUCCAGCGCUCCGGCGUCGACGGGACCAGGCGGAACCACCCCCAGCAGCACCAACCUAAAUGAUUGCGACAGUGCCACGUCCGGCUCGAGCGUCACCAUUUCAACGUCCACCCACACCACACCCCGGAACAGUGCGUCCAGCAUAACGAGCAAUACUGGCGGAAAUUGUACCGCGGCGGCGGCCACCACCAACAACUCACCGGCCGGAGGAGGCGGACCCACCGAGAACGGGGGCGGUGACAAGUCCCAGGUGACACCCGGUGCGCCCGGAUCGUCCGGCCACAAGGGCAGCAUCCGCGGGAAUAAGCUGGCCCGGCGGGCGCGCUCCUUCAAGGACGACUUCCUGGAGAAGAUCUCCCAGAUUCGGACGCCCACCAGCACGAUGACGAGGUCACACUCGCCAAACAGUCCGCGGAGUGGCAGCGCCGGAGGUGGGGGCGCAGGCGGCGGCGUCGGCGGUAAUCGCAAGUCCGAUGAUCUGCUGGCCUCGAGCAAGCCGGUGCAGGACCUGAACUAUCACGUGCGCCAGGUCAAGAACGCGCUCACGCACUUUAAGGAUGUGAUACUGAAGAACAAGCUGGAGAUGCUGCCGGGCAACGGGACGGUCGUGCUGGAGCUGGUCGCCAAUGUUCACACAGCUCUCCAGUCGUACACGUUGAACGAAAACAGCAGCGCCCUGAUCAACGCCACCAACCACGUGUACAUGUCGCUCGGGAACCUGCUGAAGCUGUGCGACGAGGUCCUGCUGACCGCCGACAACGAAAACUGUCCCUCGCUGAGCAAGGAGAACGUCAAGGAGAUCGUCGAGCUGGUCGAGAACGCCGUCAACAAUCUGGUCAACCUGGCGAACGAAAAGAUUUCCGACAAAGCUGCGGGCAGCGGUUCGGGCAAUCACCACUCUUCAAACACCCUGCAGCGACCCGCGGUGGACAUCGCCGGCCAGCGAACCUCCCUCCCAGAUAUCCCGCUCACACCCCGCGAACGGGACAUCCUCGAGCAGACGUCCCUCAAAACGGUGCGAGCCUCGCACAGUACCGAAAGUAUUCUCCGCGACUCUAGUCCUCCCCCGAAACCCCCACUCCCGGACCGGGCCCAGGAUCCGCCCCCGCUCCCCCCAAAACGGAAAAGUCAACACUCGAAGAACCACUCGUUCCACGAAACGUCCGACGCGGACUCGACCUUUCUGGGCGGUGGCUGCGGCGGGGCCCUGGACCGGAUGUCACUGCGGUCCCGGUCGCCCGAAGAUAACUCUAGUCUGCUGAGUGCCAGCGCGGGUUCGCUGGACUCGGCACUGAACCACUCGCGCGAGGAGGACGAACUCCGAGCGCUCACCAACACCAGCUCCAGCGCCAUCACCACCGCCACCAUCCAUGACAAGGCGUCGCUGCUCGGACUCGGGCCGGCCUGCAGGAACAACAGCAAUAUUUGGGACGAAGCGGACUGCAGCGGCAUGCAGCUGCUGAGCGGUGGCGGUCCCAUCCCGACCGACAUCGCCGCCCUGAACAACCGCAACUCGAACGAGUCCGGCUUCGAGUCGAUGUACUCGCUGCGCAUCAGCCGGGACCACCAAACCAGCAGCAGCACGUCGUACAAAUCGUCAAACACGUACAGUAGCAGCAGCACAACUAACUCCCAACUCCACAAGUCAGAAUCUAUCCUGGAUGCCAUGGGUUCGUUGGGGGGCGGUGGCAAGCUCAUCUCGCUGAUCACAACCGGGCAGCAGCAUCUCCAACAGCAGCAGCAACAACACCAAAAGAUCGAUACCUUCGUGACGCAGGCCAGCGGUGAAAGCGGGGACAUUGUGCUGACGACGGCGACCACCGAGGUGUGCUCGUCGCGGGUACAAAAGGCCAGCCUGUCCAAAGUGAUACAGUACGGUAGUAUCGAAGCGAACGACGAGGUGUUUGGCGGCAUCGAGCUGAACGACAAACCGCCGGCGCUUCCGGUCAAGACGCGAUCGCACAGUAUUAGACGGGAACGACACCCGUCCCAGUAUGACAACGUGGACGACGCGGAACUGGAGCGCGGCUCCCAGGACACGUUCAACUGCGCGCUUCAUCAGACGGGCUACCAGAGCCGGCAGCAGAUGAUCAACAAUCUGCCCAGCAAACACAUCAGCUUGAUCGAGCCCCGCCACAUGAACCACUUUAGCGAGGAGCCACCGCCUCUGCCGAUGAAGAAAAAGCACAUGUUUCAAAGUGUGGCCUAUUCAGUUAUGGCUUACAUGGAGAUCUUCGGUAGUGCCACCCAGAACCACCAGGAGUUUAUGCGCCACUCGGUGCACACGUACAACCUGUCACAUCACAGCAGCGGCGGGGAGCAGCACCUGUCGCAGCAGACGCUUCAUCACCACCAUCAGCAGCAGCAGCACACGACGAUGUCCAUGACGAGUGGGUCCAGCAAUCACAGCAUCAGCCACAGUCAGACGAUGAGCCUAUCUCCCUCGCGCAUCACGCCGCUCCCGGUGUCACCCCCGAGCUCGCCCGGGCUCAGCGUGAAACCUCCGGCGCUCCCCCCGAAGCGCCAACGCAUCAACAGCAAAACUCCGAGCAUCACAUCGACACCGCCCGCCAGUCCCAAAGUGUUUGGCAACAACGGUGACCCGCAGCUGCCGUCUUCGCCGUCACCGGUCCAGCAUCACAACUGUUCAUCCCCCUCUCCGUCGUCGACGUCCUCGGUCGGAACGUUGCUUCCGACGCCCCCACCAAAGAAUCACCCCCACUCGGCGGCCGAAGCAGGGUUGGCGACCGCGACGACCACCAAAAUCAAGGUAUCGCCCGUGGCCGGAGAAGAGCGGAACCACCACCAACACCUUCUAGCGUCUAACUCUAGUACUUCCCUGAACGCCUCUACUACUUCUCCCAACUCUCCGCAUCACCACAACACGCAGUUUAACAACAGUUUCAACAGUAGUAGCGCUAACAACCAUAAUCUCGAGCAGGAGAGGCCCUCCGACGAGGACUACCUGCACCUGUGUGACGCCACGACGACGACGACGAUCUUGGGCAGCGAUGGCCAAAAGCAGCAUUCGCGGACUCCCUCGGACGUGGGAGCUCCGACGACGACGAAUCUCAAUAGUCCUAGUAUUAAUAAUGUUCUAGUCAACAACAACAACAACAGCAAUAACAGUAGCGGAGCGAAAGCCGGCCAGAACGCUUCCAGCCGGAUAUCGGACGACGACGAGGUUGAAGUGGUUCUUAGGCGCAAUAAUAAGAACGGCAUCACCGCCCUCGAGCAGCAGCAGUCGAUCAACCUGAUGGAGGAGCUGGACGUGGGCAGCUUUCUGGUGCUCAAGAAGGAAAACGAGGACGGGCCGGACGUGAAGGGGGGCCACACGGACGCGCUCAUCAUUCACGCCACCCGCGUGCAGAAGAUUUCCGACGUAACUGAUGAGUUUUUAGAAGAUGCUUACGGAGAGGCGUUCAUCACGACGUUCCGCACGUUCAUCUCGCCGCUGGAGCUGAUCCAGAAGCUGACCCACCGGUACUCGCUGUUCCACUGUCAGAUGAUCGACGCCAAGCAAAAGGCCGCGAAGGAGUCCUUCUCGCUGCUGGUGCGCGUGGUCAACGAUCUGACGAGUCCCGACCUGUCGCUCCGGCUGCUCGAGAUCCUGAUGAACUUUGUGUACCAGCUGGUCUGCGCCGGCCACCUCACGAUGGCCAAACUUCUGCGCGUCAAAUACAUCGAGAAGGUGCGCCUCUACAAGGCGAAACACCUGAAGGAGCCCAGCCUGGUGACGCUGUCGUCGCGGGCCGUCAUGACCUCGCCCCCCACGCUGCUGGACCUCAAGUCGGCGGAGAUCGCCGAACAGAUGACGCUGCUGGACGCCGAGCUGUUCCACAAGAUCGAGAUCCCCGAGGUGCUGAUCUGGGCCCAGGAACAGAACGAGGAGCGCUCGCCCAAUCUGACGACCUUUACCGAGCAUUUCAACAAGAUGUCCUACUGGGCUCGAUCGCAAAUUUUAAGACAAGAGGAUGCCAAAGAUAGGGAAAAGCAUGUGAUCAAAUUUAUUAAGAUAAUGAAGCAUUUACGGAAGAUCAACAACUACAACUCGUAUCUGGCACUGUUGUCGGCGCUGGAUUCCGCACCGAUUAGGAGGCUCGAAUGGCACCGGACGAUCACCGAGGGGCUGAAGGAGUACUGCGCACUCAUUGACUCCAGCUCCAGCUUCCGGGCGUACCGGCAGGCACUGGGCGAAACGAAUCCGCCGUGCAUACCGUACAUUGGCCUGGUGCUGCAGGAUCUCACGUUCGUGCACAUUGGCAACCCGGACACGCUGCAGGACGGCUCGAUAAACUUCUCCAAACGCUGGCAGCAGUACCACAUCGUGGUAAACAUGAAGCGUUUCAAGAAGGGGUCGUACCAGUUUAAGAAAAACGAGAAAAUCAUCGGCUUUUUCGACAACUUUGAAAACUACCUGGACGAGGACGCCAUGUGGCAGAUUUCGGAGAGCAUAAAGCCGCGGGGCGGUCGCAAACCGAACGUCACCAGCAAUUAGUAUAAGCUAAACUGUCUCAAGGGCAGCGACGAGCACGAGCAGGUGAUGCUUCAGCAGCUGGAGCAGCAAAAGAGAAGUCAGCAGCAGUAGACGGAGGACGCACGGCCGCUGAGGUAUCACACUCAAAUACCAAAAAUUCUUUUAUCACGGUUAAGUUAGGUUGUUUUUAGUUACAUUUUUUUCUGUUUCCCUCCCUCAUUUCUUCCUCUUUGCGAGAGGGACAAUUUGUUGGUUGACUUUGCUUUCUGAAUUUGGCGCGAAAUGGAGAACGAAAUUCUCAACUGUGGCAAAUGUGUUUUAUUUUAGCAAGCAAAAUAUCAAAAAAUAACAUUUCACCGAGAUUAGAGAGCCGUUGAGCUGUGUUAUUAAAUUUAUUUUUUUAGCGGCGUAAAAUGUUAGCACACUUAAGCAUCGAGAGGAACGGUGGUGAUUGCUUUAUUUAUAACGAAAGAUACAGCUUCUGCAAGUUGAAUUUCAAUGCAAAUUGUACAUAAAAUAAACAAGCAAAAAAUUACGUGUUUUAAGUUAGGAAAAAAAACAACAAGCAAGCAAGUGAAAUAACCAAAAUAUCAAACAAUAAUAGAAGAUAGCAAAAGCAACACAUACAACUUAUUCACAGUCCGACGGAACUGUCAAAGAAUCUAAAUAAAUUUCAUUUCAAGCGUAUUACUCUA